AUGUCUCAUUUCACGCUGACCUUCGCCAGCCCUGCGAAAUAUCCGACCAUAGCCGCGGCUGAUCUCAGUGCCCGCUUUCCGAAGAGAAUCGAAGUCGCACCAAAGCCUGGGAGGCCUGUCGAGCAGCGCGUCCAGCCCUCCAUGCGGUGGAUCUCGCGUCAUCGUCGGCGGGUGGGACGGCUGGUCGCGGGUACCUUCGGUGGGAACCUCCGAGAAACAUCAAAGUACCGCGUGCACACAUUUUGGCAGCAGUGGGACAUGCCCAAGUGGGAUGGAGACCAGGAGACGGACGAUGGAGAGUAUCGACCACGUCGAUUCAUCAUGCUCAUCGGGCCGAUGCUCAGUCAACUCACCCUGCAGAGGUUGGCAGUGGAUCUGCUCAGCGUCGCAGGCGUUCUGACCAUCGCCUACAUUCUCUACAAUCGACUUGUUCAUCCUCUUCGCCACAUCCCCGGUCCCUUCUGGGCCACCAUCACCCCAUGGGUCCAACUCUACCACGGCCUCAAAGGUGAUCGUCAUCUCUGGCUGCAUCGCCUUCAUCAACAGUACGGCACUCAUGUCCGCGUCGCACCCAACUUUGUCUCGGUCAAUACCGACCGCGGUCUUCACGACAUCUACGGCCACGGUAAGCGUCUCCAAAAGGCCGAUUUCUACAACGCCUUCCCCGCGAUCAAGGGAGUGUACAACACCCACAAUGCCAUCGACAAGACCAUGCAUGGACGCAAGCGUCGUGUCCUGAGCCAGGCCUUCUCCGAGGCCGCCCUUAAGGGUAUGGAGGAUGUCAUGCUGUUGCAUGUCCGACAGCUUUGUGCCGAAUUGGCUGGUGAAGGGGGCACCCAGACCGGAGAGAGCCAAGGUGUGGUGCGGAAUAUGGGCAACUGGUUCAGCUACCUGUCGUACGAUGUCAUGGGCGAACUCUGUUUCGGUAAGAGCUUCGACAUGCUCGUCGCUGAGGGCAAGAGACAUAUGAUCGGUCUGGUGGAUCGGGCGGCCAAUCGUCACUAUGUGUGCGGACUAUGGAUGCCUCUCGAUCGAUGGCACCUGGACCAGAUCUUCAUUCGCAAACUGACCCAGGACCGCUGGAACUUCAUCAUGAACUCGCGCGUGGAAGCCAACAAGCGCGCCCAGGAGCGUGCCAUGGCCGGCCGUGAGGCCAAAAAGGACUUCUUCUACUACCUGCUGAAUGCCAAAGACCCGGAAACCGGCAAAGGUCUGACCACCCCGGAGCUCUGGGGUGAAGCCAACGUCCUGAUGAUCGCCGGGAGCGACACCACCUCGACCACGCUCGCGGCGACCCUCUUCUAUCUCGUCCGCACGCCCGAGGCCCUGGCCAAGUUGACCAAGGAAGUCCGCAAUGCCUUUUCCUCCGUCGAAGAGAUCGCCAGCGGCAGCAAGCUGAACGAGCUGGUCUUCCUCAAGGCCUGCAUUGACGAGGCCCUCCGUCUGGCACCCGCGGUUCCGGGAGCACCUCCACGCGAGGUGAUGCAAGGCGGCGCGAUGGUGGAUGGCGUCUUCCUGCCUGCCGGCACCGACUGUGGCACACCCACCUACUCCAUUCACCGACAGCCCCAGUACUACCGCGAGCCCGAGACGUACAUCCCCGAGCGCUGGAUCGAGGGCGCAACAUGCAAGGUUGGCGGCGUCGCCUGGACCAGCACCAAAGAGGACAUCGAGACCGCGCGGCGGGCAUUCUGUCCAUUCAGCAUUGGACCGCGGGGAUGUAUCGGCAAGAGUAUGGCGUUCAUGGAGAUGCGCCUGACGCUGGCCCGUCUUGUCUUCCUGUUCGAUAUGUCCCUGGCCGACCGCGAAGGUGAAGAUGCCAACGGCCAUUUGGCCCUGAUUGACCACUUCACCAGUGCGAAGAAUGGUCCUAAUGUAGAGUUUCAAAAAGUGCUGCCGGGAGUAUGA